GAGGUGUUGAUAAAAACACGGCCGGACAGCAUUCCGAAAGAAAACACCUUUGUUUUUGCAAGGGCUACCAAAGGGUCUAUGGACCACCUGAGAGGCUGGGACUGCGUGACGAGCAAUGUGAGAGAAAUUGAAGGGUCACUCCGCCAGCCAAAGUCGAUCACCAGCACCAAACUGCGCAAAUAUAUCGCCACUGUCUCACAGACAGCAGCGUUGAGUGAAGUUGAUAUCGACUGGCUAGCGCGCCAUCUUGGCCACGAUGUGCGCGUACACCGUGAGUUCUAUCGCCUCCAUCAUUCCACAACAGAGCUGGCGAAAGUCAGUAAACUGCUCCUCGCUGUCGAUUCAGGGAACCUGGAACAAAUAGUCGGAAAGAACCUGGGGGAUAUGUCAGUGGAAGAUAUCCCGGACAUUAUUGACACUGGCAAUGAGUCAGGAGAGUCCUCCUCGGCAGAAGACGACGAUGCCAAUCAAAGUCCUCUUAGUGGUUUGAAACGACAGAACGGUGCGAGAAGCUGUGCGCCCGAGACUAACAAAGAUCCUCCCCGAAGCUCUCCGAACCUCUCCGAUGCUCAAAGCGUGAGUCGGAAUAACAAAAGUCCUCAAAGAAAGAAAGUGCCAAAAACUGUGCCACAGAGUCCCAGAAGUCCUCGCCAUAGUUCAGAUGGACAGAAAGCUUCUAAAUAUGUGGCGCCAAGAAGUAAAAGACAGACAGUAGUGAAACAGCGAUGGACAAAAGAAGAGAAAAGAGCGAUCCUGGGUCGUCUAGGGCGUUUCAUAACUUCGGGUGUUGUGCCAGGAAAAGGGCCAUGUAAGGAAUGUAUUAAAAGGAGCCACGGGGCCCUGAGCAGUCGCUCAUGGACGGCUGUGAAGUAUUUUGUGAAGAACGAGGUUGAUAGACGAAAACGGCUGGUCAACAAAUCAUCAGUUUAAAGCGACGCCCUAUACAGGCAAACAAACAAGCGUGUGAGAAUUUGAUUCUUUUAGGAUAAAAUGGUACACAAACCAAGGUGAAGUUUUCAUUGGCGAGUGAGCAAACAAAAGAGCUGACAUAGCUGCUUUAGACUGAUGAUUUGUCAAUGUUCAGUCGUAAUAAUCCUAUAUAUUUACGCGACUCCUCCCUUCAUUGAUUGAUUGCAUGGGCACACAGCGGGUCUGUUAGCUUUCUUAUCUAACUAGGCUUUUCGGCGACGUUUGAAUACACCGGAUCCAAAACAAAAAAGAAAAACAAACAAACAAAAAAGGUUAAAACAAGCGGACUUCUUGAGGGUUCAGGUCUGCGAGAAUGUUUUUUUUUUUGUUUUUUCUUCUCCGGAAAUGUUGAAAAUUGGACUGUCUGAAACGCCGUCAUUGCUGCGCCCUUCAAUAACAUGCGGAUUCUGAAAUUCAAAGCUCAAGCGACGAAUGCGUUUUCGCUAACGUCAAUCAAAUGUUCGGCGGCUCCUCCCAGCUUGCUUCUGUGAAAACGAUAGUUUUCAGCGUAGAAUAUAAUCUUUAAAUUCCCCGAGUGCGAGGGCUUUCCCUGCCCUUGGGAAAUUUCACGGUUUUCAAUUAUUUCUUGACGCAUUAUUAAACUUUGCGCCUGAAAAAGAUCGCUCAGAUUGAAUU